AGGUUGAUGCAGAAGAACCAACUGUUUGUGCUGUUGAGAUGUCCUGUAUUCCAUUAUUAAUGGAACCAGCAUGUUCCAGCUCUGAGGUCCAGGGAGCUGCAAAAAAGAGGAAUAAUGAUGCUGCCUACAGACUUUUGAUUCCUCUUCCUGAUAAUAAUGAAAGCAAACAGUCAAAAUCUAUUCAAAGAAAGAGAGUGCUUCCAUCUUGGAUGCUGGAAAGAGAUCUGGUGCAGAGGGUUUCCAAGCCUGUAAUGACAGGAGAUAGUAGGAAGAAAAAGGGCCAAGGACGGGGAGAAGGUCAAACAGAGUCGUUAAAAUCAGAAGUACGUGUACAGCAGAAAAAAAGAUUGGCUUCAGAAGAAGCUAUAGAGCAUUUUGAAGGUGGAGAGCAAGAUCAAGGGAAAAGGAGCUGCCUUUGCAUCCCUGUUCCUUCAUCUCAGAGUACAUCUGGAUUUCCUCUUGAGACUAUCAUGAGGGAUAUGGAAAGAAGUGGCAAGACUGGAACAAAAAUCCCUGGAAGUUCUCUGGAAAAAAAUGAUAGGCAGCUGCAUAGCAUAUGGUCUAAAAGAGUUGGUCAUAUCUCCAGUGAAGACAAUAGAAUUGAGGAAACAGAAAACAAAGAGCAGAUUACUGGUUCUACAAGCCAACAAGCUCACUGGGGCAGGACUUCCCAAUAUUUUGGUGCCCAGGAAGGGAUUCUUGAGCCUGAUGCAAAUCUGGACUACAACACUGAGAUUUCUGAUUCAGCCAGAAGUGCAGAUGCUUCAGAAAUCUCCAAACAGAUGCAGCAUAAGAGGACACCUUGCAUGUAUGGAAGUGGCUGUUACAGGAAGAAUCCCGUUCACUUCCAGCAGUUCAGUCAUCCUAAUGAUGAUGACUAUCAUGACAUGGAGAUGGUGGCUAAGGAUGACAAUGACAACCGGCCGGAGUGUCCAUAUGGAAUGGCUUGUUAUAGGAAGAACCCCCAGCACAAACUGGAAUACAAGCACAGUGCACCUCCAGUAACUGGAAGAGGAACACUACAACGAACUUCAAGCCGUGGAAAAAGGGCUGUGGAGAAAGAUGGUGUCAGUGACGGUGAAGCCAAUGAAUAUGACCUCGAUGACAGCUUUCUAGACGACAAGGAGGAGGAGGAGUGCGAACCUACUGAUGAAGACUCGGACUGGGAACCAAGUUCAGAAGAAAAGGAUAAUGAAGAUGCUGAGACACCUGUGCAAAAAGCACAUAGAUUUGUUAGGAUCAAAAAAUAGCUGCUCAGAACAGCCUUAUGAAUGUUUCUUGUGGUUGUGUUUAAACAUGGUUGCACAAAGGAGAGGAAUUGGUUGAAAUUUUUUUUUCUCCAUGAUGUAGGCACUACAGGAAGGUAAUAAUGGGAGGAAGGAAUUCUGCAAUGCCUUUCUUGUCCAUAUGUAUUAUUUUGGGGCUGGUAUGGUGUUUGUUUUAUUAAGUUGUGGGCCCAGAGGAUAGAGUUGUGAAC